AUGUUUCGCGCCCGCCGCUACCGAGUUCUCCUGGUAUUCGCUGCAACUUUCAUCCUCGCUGUCAUUCAUUUCGCCCGGUCGCGUGAUUGGGCCGAUACAAUCAUCGAAACUUCACCUGAAAUACACCCCGAUGUAGCAACCUAUCCCAAAGCGCAAUCUGGAUCAGACGCGAAUCCCGCUCCUAUUCCCGGCGCGCCGCCGUUGGAGCAAGAAAGCUCCAGGUUCGCACCUGCAAAGCCCGACUAUAACUCGUUCGGAUCUAAUCCGUAUGAAAAUGACAAUUCGCCGAGCUCACCGAGCUCACCGAGCUCACCGAAAGCUCCCUUGAAGGAGGAAACUGGGGGAUCGUCCUCGUCCUCGUAUUCGGGAGCGGGGGCGGGAUCGUAUAACAAUGCCCCGGAGAAGGGAACGGCGGAAAACUUGAAGAAUACCGGGUCCAGCUCUACUGCUGGGAAGAUCACGUAUAUCAGUUCAGGGUCAGACUCGAGCUCUGCCCUUCUGGAGGAAAUCGAUAUUGGCGGUUCGGGCAGGGUAGCCGCCACCCAACACGCAGAACCCGGCGCACCGACCACACGAUGGAAGCAAUUCCCAGAUCGAUUCCCCGUUUCAGCGGCUGAUCUUAUCACGCUACCAAAGACAUAUGCAAAGUCCAUGCCAAAAUUACAGGCCAAGUUUAAAGAUGAAGCGACUUCUGACAAGCAAGAGCGCCUCCAGCAACUCAGCACGAUCAAAGCGGAAUUCAAGCACGCCUGGGCAGGCUAUAAGAAGGUUGCUUUGGGACAUGAUGAGGUCAAGCCUCUCUCGGCGGCAUUUGAAGAUCCGUUCAAUGGGUGGGGUGCGACCUUGGUUGAUUCGCUUGAUACCUUAUGGAUCAUGGAGAUGACGGAUGAGUUCUCGGAAGCGGUCGAUGCGAUCCAAAAGAUCGAUUUCCAGACCUCGCCCAGAGAGGAUAUUCCCAUGUUUGAGACUGUUAUUCGGUAUUUGGGUGGCUUGCUUGGUGCCUAUGAUAUCUCGGCGCAGCGAUACUCCAUUCUCCUGGAGAAGGCAGAGGAGCUUGCUGAGAUUUUGAUUGGUGCUUUUGAUACUCCCAACCGUAUGCCCGUGCUCUACUACCGUUGGACACCGGAUCACGUCGUUCGACCCCAUCGGGCAUCAUCCAAGGCUGGACUGGCCGAAAUUGGAUCUAUGUCUUUGGAGUUUACUCGAUUGGCUCAAUUGACCCAGAAAGACAAGUACUACGAUGCCAUUGCGCGGAUCACGAACGAGCUGGAGGCACUGCAAGACCAGACCUCUAUCCCAGGACUUUGGCCCAUUAAAGUCAACGCGCAGGGCUGUGCUAAAUACAACACUCCCCAGCAUAACUACCGUGGUCAUGGUGCCCCCUCGACCUCAAGAGAAGAACCCCGGGCUGAAGAAGAGUCGGUGCCAGCGGUGAAACCCCCCACAGAAGCAUCUACAGAAAUACACAACAGCACAACAACAACUGUGCCUCACAAGCACUAUGCCGCGCCGACUGAUCUGAGCAGUUAUCUCAAUUUGGUCUCGCGUGAUGUCUCUGACGACUUCUCAGAGGCAGAGCCGGCAUACUACCAUCACAGUUCCAGCUCCGAUACUCCGGAGGUUCAGGUUCAAGAAAAGUGUGACGGGGGCCUACGGAUGCCUACAGCCUACCGUGAUAACAAAUAUAGCUUAGCAGGAAUGGCCGACUCAACGUAUGAAUACUUACCUAAGGAAUAUCUCCUGCUCGGGGGUGCCAACGAUCAAUACAAAAAAAUGUAUAAGAAGGCCAUCGAUGCAGCCCGCAAAAACCUUCUUUUCACACCCAUGGUCAAGGGCAAACAUGACAUCCGUUUCAUGGCCUCAACUUCCGGCGUGGAACUCGCGUCGAAAAGUCCGGAUAUUCCGUCCGUGCUGAUGUAUGAAAGCCAUCAUCUGACGUGCUUUGUUGGAGGCAUGGUUGCCGUUGGAGCCAAGGCCUUUGGCAUCGACGGAGACAUGGAGCUCGCAGCUAAGUUAACAGACGGCUGUGUUUGGGCUUACGAGUCUACAACCACCGGUAUUAUGCCCGAGCGGUUCCAAAUGCUCCCUUGCGACAAAGACCGUUCCUGCGACUGGGAUCAGGCCCGUUUCGACAACGAGGUCAAUCGCUUUGGUCCUAUUCGCGAUUCUGCCGCCGGUGCCCAGUACCGCAGCGGAGAGAGCUCAUACGGGCAGCGAGUGAAGAUUUCGGAAACCGGCCCCAGUGAAGGCCCCUUGGCCGUCCCACUGCCCAUGCCGGGUUCAUUAAACCCGCAUGACAAAGAUCCGAUGCCAUAUCAUAAGCGAGAUGAAUUCACCAUUGGUAGAGAGACGGCCACCCCUGCACCGGCUCCCUCAGAUGCAUUUGCCAAUAAUCUCGAGAACAGAGACGCCCCUCGUGUCUCUCAGCCAGGUUCCCUUGCUCCAUCAGACCGCGACGUUUAUCUCCCGCCAGGUAUGGUUAACAUUCCCUCGCCGGACUACUAUCUCCGACCCGAGGCUAUCGAAUCCAUCUUCAUCAUGUACAGACUCACAGGUGAUGAUGCCUGGCGCCAGAAGGGCUGGAAGAUGUUCCAGGCGAUCACGAAGCAUACUCGGACUGAAUUGGCCAACGCCGCUAUCGCGGAUGUUAUGGCCGAGAAACCUGUACAGAAGGAUACCAUGGAGUCCUUCUGGUUGGCAGAGACUCUGAAGUAUUUCUACCUACUUUUCAGUGAUCCAAGUGUGGUGGAUCUGGAUAAAUAUGUUUUGAACACCGAAGCGCACCCCUUCCAGCGCCCGCUUGGAUUGUAA